AUGGCUCCCUGGGAAGAAUUCGAGGCGAUAUUCUACUUCAACAAGAAUUUUACGUACGAUGGCAAGGUCAUUGAACAGAUCCUUACCAACCGCCGUUCGCUAGACAACCGACUCUUCGCCGACAGGUUGUUAGAGCUCCUCGGUGUUCAAGCAGUUACCAAGUUAUAUCCUCCUAUCUCAAACUCUGACCUCCGUACCCUCAUCCGCCACAUUGUAUCCUCCGACCUCGAUAUCCACCAUAGGCAGAGCUUAAUCUACUAUAUCCUAAAAGACUGCCGAGCUUCUAGUGAUGCGGCCACUCAGUUUGCGCGGCGAUGCCAUCUACCCGAGAAGUACAGACUAUUUAUAGAGGGGCUCUGGAACCUUGACCGACUUGAAUUCAAGCGCGCAAUCGAGUACCUCAGUGAACCUGCCAUUAUCCCAACAUUUCCCGACGAGAUCCUUUACACACUUACCCUUUCACAUCUACCAAGACACGACGAUGGUCUCGUAAUGGCCUAUUAUCUCACAGUCAACCCGCCCUUAACCUCUGAAAAGGCCCAAAGAGCGUUUAUGGAGACGCUGUGUCGCGCUAGCAUCACUGAAGCUUUUUAUUUCACCCGAAAGCACCAUGAUGCUCUCCGCCAGGCAUAUCUCACGCAGCUCGUCGAAUUUGUUCUUAGAACAGAUGCCGGCCAGAUGAGAAGCAGACGAGGCAUGGAAUUGAUUGGCCUCCCGUUUGAUGACCAAGAGGCGCAAUGGUUCGAAGAUGCCCUCCUCCGUGGGAGCGCAAAGACGCUGCAUGGCGCAAAGGACACGGUGAUGAUGCGGCGUCUUGCAACAGGAAAAGUGACAGGGCUGUCUACGGAGCUGGAGUCUCUGGGCGGAAAAAAGAUUGAUGGCUUGAAUUGGGACAUGCUCAAGCAAAGCAUGGAGCCUCCCCUGACAUCAGCGAACCGAGGCCAAGCUCAAUGA